AUGGCUAGCAGUUCCUUGCAGCAACAGAUUGCCUCCAUGAGGCAAUCCUUGUUUGAUGAGGGAAUCAUUGACCGUGAUAGGUUCAUUCAAUUGGAGACUAUGACCAACCCGGAUUUUGUUAAUAUUGUUAUUGAGGCAUAUUUCAAAGAUUCACCGAAAGCUAUCAAUGACAUUGAAAAUGCACUCAUUGGUGCUAGCAAGGUGAUUACUGAAAUCAAUAAUAUAAAGUUUUUUUGCUAUGAUAAAGACAUGGAAAGGAGUAAGAGUAGGGCUGCACUUGUUACCAUGCAACAAGAGUAUAUCAUUUUGAAGAGCAAAUUGGAAGCCUAUUUGGAGUUGCUUCGACAAGCUGCACUAGCUCCUAUAUCUAUGUCUAAUACUAAUCCUCCAGGUCAAGGAUCGGCUAAUGGGAAUGACUAG